GCAUGCAGUUGUACAGAAUACACAUCUCACCUUGCAGAACCGAAAACACCCGAGGCCACUUGCCGGGCCCGCAGUCACUCGGUGUCACCAGGUGGCGGAAGAAGGAGAAGAAUUUCUCCAUUCAGUGGAAGAAUGAAAUUGUUGACGCUCAACCAAUUUGCGGUACUCCUCUGGAAAAAUUUUACCAUAAAGAGGAGGCAUUGGACAACAUUGAUUUUGGAAAUCGUCUCAGGAUUGGUAUUUGCAGCAAUGCUUCUGGUAUUCCGUGCACUUACUGAUGCAAAGACUAAAGGACCAUACAAUUACACUUCACAACCCAUCAGUACUUUGCCUGCCUUCAUUAAAAAUUCAAAAAACUGGGAAUUGGUUUAUGUACCUUCUAAUAUUAGUGUAGUAAAAGAAAUCACUGAGAAUGUGAAGAGGAAUCUCAACAUCAGUAUAAGAGUUCGGGGCUUUUCUUCAGAAACUGAGUUUGAGAAGUACAUUCAAUAUGAUUAUUCAUCUCACUAUGCACUAGCUGCCAUUGUUUUUGACCAUGACUUCAAAAGUAAAGAUGAUUCUCUACCACUUCAGGUAAAAUAUCAUCUGCGUUUUGCUAGGGUACAGAGGACUCUUUGGUGGCCAGACAGGAUAGGAUGGAAAACAGGCUUUCUCUUUCCUAAUCGUCCCUCUGUAGGACCCAGGAACCCAUCUCAGUCUGACGGAGGAAGUCCUGGGUAUAUCAAAGAAGGAUUCAUGGUUAUACAAUAUGCCUUGGAUAAGGCCAUCAUGCUGUAUCAUGAGAACAACACUGGACAAAAAUUGUUUGAUGGUAUUAGCAUUUUUAUACAGAGGUUUCCAUACCCAGCUUAUUGUCAUGAUGGAUUACUUAAGAUCAUUGGUUCUUUUCUGCCUUUGAUAUUCAUACUCAUAUUCUCUCCAAUUGUACUUUCCAAUGUUCGAUACAUUGUGUGGGAAAAGGAGAAAAGAUUAAAGGAAUACCAACUCAUAACUGGACUCAAAAGCUGGAUGAUCUGGGUUGCCUAUUUCUUGACAUUCUUCCUUUGGUAUAUAAUUAUUAUCUCUUUCCUGUGUGCGCUGUUCUUUAUUUUUAAUAGGCCAAUCUUCCGCUACAGUGACACAAGUUUCAUCUUUCUCUUUUUGAUGUGUUAUGCCGUUGCGGCAAUCUUCUUUGGCUUUAUGAUUAGCACAUUUUUCAACAAAGUUCCUUUGGCUGCUUCUGCUGGAAAUAUCCUGUUUUUUGCCAGUUUCUUUCCAUUUAACUUUAUCAUUCAACACUAUGGAGAAAUAACUCUUGCUUACAAGGUAGUUGCCUGUCUCAGCUCAAAUGUUGCAUUGGCACUGGGGAUUAAUCUUUUGUUCAAGUUGGAAACAAAAGAGAUUGGUGUUAAAUGGCGUAAUUUUUGGACACCGGCCAUCCUUGAGGAUAACCUUGUCUUUGGCUAUCUAGUUGGAAUGCUUUUACUUGAUGCUUUCUUGUAUGGCCUUGUUGCCUGGUAUCUAGAAACUGUCUUUCCCGGGCAGAAUGGCUUGCCCCGACCAUGGUACUUUUUCCUUAUGCGUUCAUACUGGUGUGGAAAACCAAGAAUGAAUACGAACAAAGAAAUCAAAGACCAUGAGGAAAUCCAAAGCCGCUUUUUUGAAGAUGAACCUAUUAGUUUGGUGACAGGUAUCCAGAUCAAACGUUUGCACAAGGAAUUUGAUGACAACACAGCAGUAAACGACUUGUCUUUGAAUGUGUAUAAGGAUCAGAUCACUAUUCUUCUGGGGCAUAAUGGAGCAGGAAAGACCACAGUUUUGUCUAUUCUCACAGGUCGUUUUCCUCCUACCAGAGGGAAGGCCUAUAUUGAUGGGUGUGACAUUUCAGAUAACAUAAUUGAAAUUCGAAAAAACCUGGGCUUCUGUCCACAGUAUGACUUGUUGUUCAAUGAUUUGACAGUAACAGAACAUCUUUUUUUCUACUCAGUGCUAAAAGGAGUGCCUCAAAGGAUAUAUACUAUGGAAAUUGCCCACAUGCUGUCUAUUUUUAACCUGCUGGAAAAGCGUGAUGAUUUCCCAAGGACACUGAGUGGAGGAAUGAAGCGCAAACUGUCCAUCAUCAUAGCAUUUAUAGGGGGCGCCAAGGUAGUGAUACUUGAUGAACCAUCAUCUGGCAUGGACCCAACCUCAAGGAGGGUCACCUGGCAUCUCCUUCAGCGAUAUAAGCACAAUCGUACCAUCUUAAUGACUACCCAGUUCAUGGAUGAAGCUGACAUUCUGGGUGACCGCAUUGCCAUCAUGGUCAUGGGGACCCUGCACUGUUGUGGCUCUUCAGUCUUCCUGAAACAAAUAUAUGGUGCUGGAUAUCAUAUAGUUUUGCAGAAAGGACCACAUUGUGAUGUACAAAAGAUCUCCACAGUGAUUCGUUCUCAUGUUCCAAAUGCCACUAUGGAGAAUGAUAAUGAAGAUGAAUUAUCAUUUAUCUUGCCCAAAAGAUAUACAACAAGAUUUGAAGGUUUGUUUAAUGAACUGGAAAUGAAACAGAAAGACCUUGGCAUUGCCAGCUUCAGUGCUUCAGUCACUACCAUGGAAGAUGUCUAUGUUAAGGUCAAUAAGCUGGCAACAUCUGAAUUAAAAGUUCGGGCUCUCAACUCCCUUUAUUUGAAAGCCCAACACGUAAAGCAGAAUCAGAAUAUGAAUAUGCCCAAAGAAAGUGAAAGAACAGUUACUUUCAAUUUGCAUGACACGGCUGCCAUUAAAUUUAAUACUGGGUUUCCACUUUACCUCCAGCAAUUUUAUUCCAUGUUUAUAAAAAGGGCAUUAUUCAGUUGGCGCAACUGGAAGUUUAUGUUGCUACAGAUAAUAGUGAUUUUAGUUGUUACUUCGUAUCUCUUAUUAAGUCUGGAAGUAAGAAAUGUGCAUGCCAGAGAAAUUGAUCUGAGUCAAUAUGGUCGAACUACUGUUCCUUACUCACUUUCAGGGAAUUCUGACCUGGCUCUGAAACUCAUAAAGAACCUUGAGAUUUUUCUACACACCAAAAACCAAGAACUAAAGAAAGUACCAGGCAAUGUAAAGGAUUUCAUUAUCCAAACUAAUGAGUGUCGUGAGCUCUGCAUUAUUGCACUUUCCAUUGAGGUUGAGGAAAACAAAAUAGUAUUGACUAUUUUGUUCAACAAUGAAGCAUAUCAUUCAGCUCCAACAUCCUUGGCAGUGUUAGACAACGUACUUUUUAUGUCGCUUUCUGGCUUCAAUGCCUCCAUCAGAGUGACCAACAAGCCUCAACCCCUCCCCAUCUAUGGUUCUAACAUGGUGCCUACAAAUGGACUACAAAUAGUAUUAUGUUUGGCUUUUGGCAUUUCUGUUGUGGUGGGUAACUUCUGUCUUCAGACAGUGAAUGAGAGAAUCAGUAAAACAAAGCACAUCCAGUUUGUGAGUGGGGUCUAUGUGCUUGCCUACUGGCUUUCUGCUUUGUUGUGGGACCUCAUCAGCUUCUUCAUUUCUUGCUGCUUACUACUGGUAGUAUUCGUGUUCUGUGACGUGGAUGCCUUUGUGGUGGAUUACCACUUCCUAGACACAGUGCUGAUCUUUAUGUUGUACGGCUGGUGUGUCGUUCCUCUAAUUUAUCUUGGAAGUUUCCUGUUUUCUAGUAGUACCACUGCCUACAUCAAGCUUACUUUGUUUAACUACUUUUCAACCGUUUUCAGUAUCAUCAUUCACACUGUAAUAAAAAAUCAUGAGACUGAAUUUUCCGGCCCCACUAAAAACCUUGUAAGUACUAUAUUAAUGGUGCUUCCUACAUACAACUUUGCAAUGAGUAUCAGCAGAUUGUUUGAUGAUUAUGAGGUGAAAAAACUGUGUGCCAAGCCAUUUCGAAAUGUUUACUUGGACUGCAGUAUACCAUUUCUUCAGAACAAUGUCUAUAAUUUUGGAGAACAUGGAAUUGCAAAGUUCCUGAUUACAUUGGCUGUCAUGGGUUUAUUUUUCCUCCUCUUGCUUUUGCUUCUGGAGACAGUACUGUGGAGCCUGAAAAGUUGUAUCUUUUAUUACAUUGUGUCUGAUGUCUAUAAGAAAAUCAUAAAAAGAAAGGCCACAGUGUCCAACGAAGUAACCAAACACUAUGAAGAUGAAAAUGUUAAAAAUGAAAGAAAUAAAGCACUGAAUAUGCUUCAAAGGUCACAGAAAGCUCCGCUGCUUAUCAAAGAACUUGGAAAGGUUUAUUUUAAAUGUCCAGUUGUGCAAGCUGUAAGAAAUAUCUCCCUCGUAGUCAAAAAGUCAGAAUGCUUUGGAAUAUUUGGGUUAAGUGGAGCUGGAAAAACCACCACAUUCAAAAUGUUGACUGGAGAUGAGACCGUCACCUCUGGAGUUGUAUUAAUUGAUGGCAUUAGCAUCGUUGAACAUAUCAGAAAGGUUAGGUCAAGAAUUGGUUAUUGUCCUCAGCCUGACUCCAUGCUGAACCACAUGACAGGUCGAGAAUUGCUGGUCAUGUAUGCCAGGCUGUGGGGUGUCCCUGAGCCAGAUAUCUGCAAAUAUGUGGAAGCCUUUUUGCAUUCCGUGUCCCUGGAUGCCUAUGCCGACAAGUUUGUGUACACAUACAGUGGAGGACACAGACGUAGACUUAACGCUGUUAUCGCCCUAAUGGGACAGUCCUCAGUUGUCUUCCUGGAUGAGCCGUCAACUGGCAUGGACCCAAUAGCCCGGCAUCUCCUCUGGGAUACCAUUAAAUGGAUCUGUAAAACUGGUAAAGCUAUCAUCCUAACUUCUCACAGCAUGGAAGAAUGCGAGGCCCUCUGUACCAGGCUCGCCAUCAUGGCAAAAGGCAGAUUCACCUACCUAGGCAGCCCUCGGCACCUCAGGAAAAAGUAUGGUAAUAUAUGCAUUCUGACAGCAAAAAUUAAUAUUGAUAAGAAUGAAGAAAAAUUACAGAUGUUCAAAAAUUUCAUUGAAAAUACUUUUCCAGGUAACAUCAUAAACCAAGAAUAUCAAGGGACUAUUUUCUGCCACAUUCCCAGCGAGGAAAUUUGCUGGGGAAAGGUGUUUCGUGUUUUGGAGGAAGCGAAAGUGUUACUCAGUUUACAAGAUUAUUCCAUCAGCAAGAUAACACUGGAAGAAAUCUUCCUGACUUAUGCUGAUAUUGAUGAAAUGCAAGAUGGUCAUCACAGCUCUGCUGUGACAUGCAGCUCCAGUCAGUGACCGACCUCUGUCUCUCAGCCUCUACCUGCCACUGCACACACAGA